AUGAAUGCUUUUCAUAAUUUUCAUGAGGACAUGUUUGAAAGGAGCUUCAAUGCUACCUUUAUUAGGCUCAUUCCAAAGAAGAAAGGUGCAAAAGAGUUACAGGAUUUCAGGCCAAUAAGUUUGAUAGGUAUUAUAUACAAAAUCUUCUCUAAAGUACUCGCAGAGAGGUUAAAAGGAGUGAUGACAAAACUGGUGGACUCACAAGAAAUGGCCUUUAUUAAAGUUAGGCAAAUCAUGGAUGCGGUUUUGGUAGCUAAUGAAGCAAUGCGAUCCAGACAGAAGCAAGGAAAACCAGGGAUUCUUUGCAAACUUGACAUAGAGAAAGCCUAUGACUAUGUCUAUUGGGCAUAUCUAUUGGGAAUGCUAAAUAGGAUGGGGUUUGGACAAAAGUGGAUAAACUGGAUGAAGAACAAAAAAAUUUUGAGGGUGAUAUUUGUUCUCUUUGAAGGGAUGUCAGGAUUGCACAUCAAUUGGGGUAAGAGCUUUCUUUAUCCGAUCAAUGAGGUCAUAACCAUGCAAUCCGUAAAUGCAAUUCCGGGAGGAGAGAUUGGUAGUCUACCAACAAUGCAUUUGGGUAUGCCUUUAGGAGCAAACUCAAAGUCUAACGAAAUCUGGAACAAUGUGGUUGAAAAAUGUGAGAAGAAAUUGGCAAGGUGGAAAAGACAGUACUUAUCACUAGGGGGUAGAUUAACCCUCAUCAACUCCGUGUUAGAUUCCUUGCCAACUUAUAUGAUGUCUUUGUUCCCUAUACCAGCAAAAAUCAUUAGUAGGCUAGACAGAAUCAGGAAGAAGUUUUUGUGGCAAGAAAAUAAAGACAGGAAAAGCUACUACUUGGUCUAA